AUGGAAACCAACUACUUGCAAAGACGAAAAUCUGGCUCGGUGGAUCGGGGUCCACCGCCCAUUUGCAUUGAAACGCUGCCUGGUGAGAUCCAGAGGGAAAUUAUGCUUUGGCUUCCCAGCCUGGGGUCUCUAGGCGCUAUCAUCUGCACGUCUCCGGUUUUCUACUCUUUGUUCCGAAGAGAGCCCAAGAAGUUCAUAUUAAAUUGUUUGAUUAUUGUUCUUGGAGACUCGUUUAUCGAUGCCUGCACUGCGCAUGCCGCCAUGCAGGAUGACUUUCAGAGGCAGCGCCGAGACGCAAUGAAGAUGCGUCAUGAACCAAGUAUGAUUUGGCCUUUCCUGGAAUCAUACCGAAAUGGGGCAAAGAAAUUGCACGACAAGUCCUGGAGAUAUUCCGUAUCACUGGAAAAGGCUGUGCAAAUGGCGACCUUCCAUGCAGCAAUAGUCGAGCCCCUAGUCGAGCAAUACUCAUCUUGGGCUUUGACAAAUCUCGGAACUUCGGUCAAGUCAAAACCUCUCAGCAUUACGGAGCAAAUGCGGAUUCAAAGAGGCAUGUACCGUUUUCAAAUACUGUGUGAUGUGUUUGGCAACAGGCUCAAGGACCAUAACAUAUCAGCCAAUCGACCGAGACAUCUCGGCUGCCUUCGAUUCCUCUCGAGCUAUGAGCCCUGGGAAACUGAAGAAAUCCUAUGCAUCAAUGCCUAUUUCGAGGAGAAAUAUGAGGCAAGGCUCUCUGAGGUCUCGGACGACCUCAAGCCUAGUAGCCACAGGUUUAACGGCCAUUCGUUCCCGGGCGAGCCGGAACACGCGUUCGACUUCGAACGAGGCGGUACCAGGGUCAACUGUCGCAAUUUCCUCGUAAGCCAAGGACUUCCGCUCUUUGCAUCGAUAUCGCGUAUACACGAGCACGAGGAGCUUGUGAACACCAUGCAAGCCAACAUGUUCAAGCACGCGUCAGAGUACUGGCUUGGCGACGUAACCGGAAAUACCGACAUGCAUGAGAGAUGGGAGACUUCCUACUCGGAGCGCGACGCUGCGCAGGAUGAGGGUCGACCGAUGCCCUUUAUAGGAGAUGACCUAGAUUCACCGCCUCUAGCUUGGGUUUUGAUCUGGGGCGAGGCGUACAGUAACUUGUUUGGCACCUUUAUUCCGAGGCCGCUGCGCUUGUGGGGUUAUAUCAUGUGGGAUGCGUGGCGCUUGGAGGAGGAUGGUGCUAAAGAGGUGCUGAUGCGUGAGUGGUAUGAGAUGUGGCAGGAUGGUGAUUACAGAGACAAUCUGAGGGCUUGGAACAACAGAGGAUGA